AUGCGUCUCUUCAUCACCGUCCUCCUCGCCCUCAUUACAGCGGGUCUUGCCAGGCCUGCGGCCCUCAAGACCGUGAUUGUCUCAUAUCCCAACGACACUCCCUCCUCUGUUGUGGACAAGGCGAUUGAGGAGGUCAUUAAUGCAGGUGGCAUCGUCACCCACGAAUACUCACUUAUUAAAGGCUUCUCGGCCAAGGUGUCGGAUAGCAUGAUUGAUACCAUCAACACCUUGACCGAGAACUACACGCCUUUGGUCGAACUUGACAAUAUCGUUACUAUCAGCAACCCCUAG